UCAAGUGGAGUCAGAAGAGCUGUAAACGUUGAGCCGAAUGGAUCGAGAAAGAGAGGCAAAGAAUACGAGGUGUCAAAGACAUACGUGUAUUCAGAGAGAGAAUUGAAACUAGUCGGAGGCAGUACGCGGACGAGAAAAGGUCUCCAGUAACAGUAUUAAGGAAGUGAUUUUCUAUCUGGAUAAAAAGUUAUUUUAAUAAAAAGUUGUUACAUUAAACGGAGUGACUUCAAGUUUUUCGAAGAUGUGGCGUCCACCUCGAUCGAGCUUUGCGGUAUAGAAGAACACAGAGGCCAAGUGAUAAAGACAAAAGCGUGACAGAACUCGCCCUUUUCUUCUCUGGAACGGCUCGAUAAGAUCGCCUCGAGAACGAAAGAAUUUGUCAUCCCCUGAAUAAGAAGCAUACGCUCGAGUUGCAAAACAGUGCUGCGGCGAUUAUUGUCCCGCGUCACAUGUUUGAUUAUUGGGAUGUCAAGGUUAAUCGCAACUGCACAUUUGUCUUCAAGACCAGUAAGGAUGAGGGCCUCUUCGCGGUUAUUCAGAAGAUGCUUUUCCGCCGCGAGGGCGAUCAGUGUAUCGAUUAUGUACGGUUCAAGAGAAGCGACGGUCACUAUACAAACAAAUUCUGCGGGGAGAUAGAUCGCAGCGGAAUAACGUAUCUUCCGGUUCCUGAGCCUGAUGACAAUUCGGGUAAAACAAGCGAUAGCCGAUUAUAUAAUUAUGAUAUGUAUGCAGAAUACGAUCCCAUUAAACAACGAAAACCAUGGCAUACGCAGUCUAUGAUAGAAACCGAAAUAUUCAUUUCCAAAGCACCGUCGCAUCAGAACCUGGACCUUGUUAUAGCUUACACCCCAUACAAAAAUUGCAAUCAGGUAGAUCUCGACCAAUACAAGUUGGUUGGAAAUAACAGUUGCAUACGGAAGGAGUACCUAUGCGACAAGGUUUACAAUUGUCCUUUCGGCAUAUGUUCAGACGAAGAGAAUUGCGCGGGCAACGAUCGGCAUCCUAAGGACGAUACCGCCACUAAAGUCACUGUAGGAGCGGUCACCACAAUGAUUCUCUGUUUCAUCAUUUUCGUUAUGUGUCUGUGGAUCUGUAAGAAAUCGCAAAAGUUGUGCUGGUCGUCAGACUGUGCUGGUCCGAACGUGUGCUCGCGACCAGUUUCUCUGCCGGAUGCGGACACAAGUCAAGGGUCCAAUCGCGCUGUGCCAACGGCCCCUAUGUUGGAGGUUGCCGUGUCCUCACCCGUCGCAGACAAAGAUCUGCCACCCAGUUACGACUCGUUGUUCCCCGAACAGAGUAAUCCUGCCAGAUCGUAAGUUAUCGUAUCCGAGUAUGAACUAAAUGCAUUAAACAUACCGUCUAAUGUUUUAAUUAGACGCUGCGUUGUCGCGCACUUAAUGACAUAAUUAGAUCGAUCUUCCUCUACGCGUACACUGUUCUGCAAAGUGCGAGCAGGAUUUUAUUAUUAAAAAAACGUUAUAAUAAAUUAACGAAAGUUACAUGCGCCAAUUUCGAUUCUGUAAUCGUUAUUUCCUGGCGUGUGAGUUAAAUUCGCAGCUUUAGGAUUAUUGCGCUAUUAAUACUAUAAAUAAGUCAUUUGUGACUGAGAUACGAGAAGUACACGACACUAUGUUUUUUGUCCGUUCUUUGAUAAUGGAUGAAGAUAGUGUUAAAUCAACGAAUUAUUGCAUGCAUCGAUUUCAAUCAUUUUGACCAAAGUAAUUCCUUAUUAUUGGAGCAUCAAUAUUGCUCAUCCGCCGUCCAUAUCUAAAUGCACCCCUGCAUACAGUACAUUUAUAUGCAGUACUGUCAUAUUAACACAUAUUCGUUGUUUCUUUUUGUAUAUUAGUGAGAUUAUGCGAAAUGCAGUGGUGAAUAGAUAGCUCAGUUAAGUUUUUUUUUACUUAUGUAUAGUUUUAAAGUUUUCUUAUAUCAGAGUGUUUAUUCAAAAAGUGUUUUUGUAAAAAUAUUCCCUAGAAUUCUCGGAUUUUCUAAGAAUUUUAUUCAAAAUUCCAUGUCAGAGAAUUUUUUAAUGCAGCUUUGAAAUAAAUUUAUUUUUUUAUAUACCUUUUAAUAUUCCUUAAUCAUAUAAUCAUAAAGAAAUAAUAUAAACUAAAUAUGGCAUACAGCGUCCGCAGUACACAAAUUUAGCUCAUUAGAAGUAUAAGAAUUCGAAAAGUGAUUAAACACACAGUGCCAAUUUAAAACGAUGUAUUGUCACUAGUUUUCUUAUAAAAACUCGUGGAUUACAAGAAAAUAUACGUAAACGUGUAUGCCAUAUUUAUUGCUAAUUGAUUUUGCAUCAAGAAAAAUGGUCACAAAAUAAUUUUGUCAGAAAGAUAGAAUUUAAAUUUCAAAGUUUUCUAAAAAUUUUCUUAAGUGCUAAUAAAAAUCCAUAAUUUUCAAGGAUAAAAAAAUUAAUUCUCCGAAAAUUCCAGGUUUUCUGGUUCUUUUCCAGUAGUGAACACUCUAUUAUACGUGUAUAGUUUUAAAAUUUUCUGUUUCCUCCUUGCAGUUUUAUUGUUUUAUUACAUCAGAAAUGAGGAACCGUAUAAUUUUUCUUCCAAUAUACACUAAAAUAAAUUAAAUUUUCCAUAUGCCACUACUAGUGUUCAAUAGCUUAUUGUAAGAAAAAAAUUUGUAUGACAAUUCUCACUUCUGAUUUAUGAACUUAUGGCUACAAUUAGAAAACAGGAAUUUUAAAUGUGAGUUUUUAUGUUUUGUAUUAUUUUCUAACAAAUAUUGAAGAAAUAAUACACAUUUUCAUUCAUCGAUAAUAGCACAAAAAACAAAGGUCUAAAAACAGCUUCUUACAAGGGAAGAUCCAUGUAUAUGUAUCUUGCAAAUUUUGGAAAGUUCAAUACAAAGAUAUAGAAUUGGAUGUAAUAAUUCAUAAUUGUAAUAACAUUGAACUCUCGAAAUUUAAUAAUACAAAAAUUAGAUUGGACUAAUGAGACGGUCAUUAAUGCGCAAAUUGUAAAUAUGUACUACUAUAUAUUUUUAGUACAUACCUGAAUCUUCUUUUGUUAGUAAAUAUUACAACUUUCUAUAACAAAAUUAAUUAACGUAUUUUUUAAAUACGUUAAAUAUAAAGCUCUAUCUUAUCAGUUUUACAUCUAUUAGUUUUUUACAUUUAAGUUAUAAUGCAUUGUAUUACUUGCGACAAUAUUUGAUAUAAUGAUAAUAUCUGUCUCGAAAUAAAAGGAAUCUGAUUUAUUGUGUUCAUAGGCAAUCAUUCGCGAAAUGAAUGGUGCAUGAACUCGCUGUAUUGUAACAUACUUUGAUGUUACGUCUUAAGCAAUUCCCAGACAUUCAAUAUUUAUUGCACAAUAUUAUGGAUCGUCUGAAGAUUAUAUUAAGUUUGUUUGGAAUUGUUCAGAAGAUUAUUGUACAACAUAUUGAUCGUCUAAGGGCUGCUUUAUUUGAGUAUGCGCGACUUAUAUAUACAUAUAUAUGUUAUAUAUAUAUGUAUAUAAUUUUUGUACGUAUAUAAAACAUAAAAAUUUUAUAGAAUGUAUACAAAUCUUAGACUUGUGCGUAUAUUUUUGGAGAUUGAAUGUUAUGUAAAUCUCUUUAUAAAAUGUAUGUAAUAAAGUUGUAAAUAUUCAAUUUGUGAUAAUAAAGAUCUAUGUAUAUAUACACACAUAA